AUGCAGGCUCUAACAGACGUUUCCAUUGAAGCGUUGGGCCUAACGCCCCUGGUGUUGGCUUGCGAAAGGCAAGGUGGAAACGUCAGGUUUGAUAUUGCCUCGGAGAAGGAAUCCCAACAACCCAACAUUUCGUAUCCCAUUUCUAAGACCUUCAGUCUUGUUGCUUUAUCAAUUGAAUCUUCUCUUGAGAGACAUACAAGUGAAACUCAAUUUGUUCUGCAAUCUCGACUCAAUCAAGAAUACCUCGGGUAUGCCCUCAAUGACCGUCGACUUUUUACAAGGCCCAUGCAGUUCCCCCCACCCGAAAACUUUCGUUUUCGAUAUCAGUCAAAGCACACAUGCGACUAUCAUGACGUCAAUGCCCCUGCUCAUGUUGUGGCUGCUGAUGGAAAACAAGUCUGUGAUCCUGGCCACGGUGGCAAAGACAUCUCAUUGUUUGUGAGAUUCUUGAAGGAAAAGGAUCAACCCUUUUCAGUCGAAGACUCGUGGAAACAACAGUCCGCUGCUAUCAGUGCUAUCGGAGACUAUGAAGAAGAUGGUGAUGACUUCCCUUACUCCGAUGAUGCGCGACCCCCAGCCUCUGUAUUAGGUGGCUCAAGGUUGGAUAACAUUAUGUGCCUGUCAUCAGCAAACUUCUGUGCUGACUAUUCAUCAGAUGCUCCUAAAGUUGAGAGCAAUCCAGAAGAUGUCCGGGCAGUGGCGAAGCUGAUGUGUAUCAUGGACAUAGAUCUUGAUCGAGAGGAGACAAUCAAUUUAGAAUUGAAGCCUCGUGCGGCUGAGAUCAGAAGAAGCUUCGAAGAGAACCGCCCAUUGAGCGACGGUACAAUGAAAGCAAUAAGGGAUGCUCAAAAAAAGACAGAUAGAGCGACAGAAAAAAUACAGGAAGUGGCAAAGACGAUGUUACUUGAAUACGAACCGCUCUGCAGUAAGAUACUUUUCGACCAACGGAACACUUAUGCGGAAUGGCCCUUAUUGUGGUGCAUUUUAUCGCAACCACCCCAAAGAAAAGCCGUUCGUUGUUCUCGCGUUCAAGGACCACUUAAGGAGUGGGUCAACGAUCUCAAAUACUGGAUGAAAGAUGCAGCAGACUCGAGUCCCUUGAAAGGACGUUGUCACAUGGGGUUCUUCGAUGGCAUUUUCAAGGACUUCCCGGGUGACCUAUCUACGACCAAGUCUUAUCGUAAUAUCCUGCCCUUCCAGAUGCUUCGCAACCAGCUAUGGAAGCUCGAAAGAAGGCUUACAAGCCUCCCCGAUCGCUUGAGGGUCCAACUCUGGUUCACAGCGGGGUUUCUAGCAGACAUGCAUUUUAUGCACACAACUGUCCGAGGUCUUGUAACCUUCGGAAGCCCUCGGGUAGGAAAUAAGACAUAUGCCACGGUUGCAGGGAGUCAAAAACUGUUCCGCAAGUCAUGGCGAUUUGUAAAUGGUAGCGACGUUGUCGCAAAAUUCCCCACCAGUGGUAACUUGUUUCCGAGCGGUGACCCCGAAGAUGAUUAUUACCAUCUGGACUCAAUGGUGAUGAUUUCUUCUUCCACCAUCAAACUUGGACCUUCAGAACUAUCUGCGACUUCCGUCGAGAACAAGUUAGAUGGAUCUACUACGCAAGAGGGGAGCGUUAUGGGCAGCUUUGUGACAGAUCACUAUUUGGACAACUACUGGAAUUCCCUACAGAAUGGCCAGGUUACAGACCAUGACUCUGCUGACGCGAUAACCCGACAGAUGGAACCCGCAACACGCGUUCUUGUAACGGGCGGAAGCGGCUUCUUGGGCGGCCAUAUUGUUCGGCAACUUCUCCACGAUGCCAAAACUACAGUUGCCAUCGCGAGUCGCAACCCGAAGAUUCCAGUCAAUGUUCCGGACGAAGCACGCAUCUCUCUUUUCCCGACAGAUCUGGCAUCCCAAGACAAGAUCGAAGAAGUCUUUAAAACGUUCAAACCUCAUGCAGUCAUCCACACUGCCUCUCCGUCCUAUAUGGAUACUAAAAGAGUAUUGAUGAAAACCAACGUUGAUGGUACAAAUACAUUGCUAGAAGCGGCAAAGGCUUGUAGUCAUACGAAAGCAUUUGUGUUUACGUCUUCCGAUGAGGCUAUCAUGCCGACACAAGAACCAACAUCCGAGGAGAACGCUCAUCGGUACGAUGAGAAAAACGCGCCCAACGCUUACGCUCUAUCAAAGGCUCUAGCUGAAAGACUUGUCAUUGCUGCAAACUCCGAAGAUUUGUAUACUUCUGUCAUAAGAAUUCCUGGUAUUUACGGCGAAUACGACGACAACUUCGUGCCACAACUUGUAUCGAGCAUGCGAAAAAAGGAACACAAAAUGCAAGUUGGAAAAGACACCAAACUCUUCGAAUUCAUAUAUGUGAACAAGGCAGCAGAGGCACAUAUCCUGGCUAUGAAAGCUCUCCUCAACCCUGCGACUCGCGAUCAAGUUGGCGGUGAAGACUUCUUUAUCUCUGAUGGAAAACCACAGGGGUUGUUUGACUUUUGUAGAAGAUUCUACGCGGCUGCUGACAACCCUGUCAGGCCAGAAGAGGUGACUAGCAUUCCUUUAUCUGUCAUGCAGACGAUCGCAUCGAUGAUGGAGUGGAUGUAUUGGGCGUUUACGUUGGGCAUGAUUCUCGAGAAGGCCUCCAGAACACUCAUCAUCAUCUCGAAAACAUUGACUAUGUCCUUUGGAUAUGCGGUCGGCGAUGUCGUCGCUGUGCUCGGUCUCUUUGAGCGCAUCGCUAUAGAGCUGCGGAAUUACAAAGAUGCCCCGGUACAUUUCCAACAGCUUCGUGCCGAACUGGACCUUGUUCACAGCACACUCAAACACGUCUUGAGCUUGCAGCCCGACUGCAAAGAGGAGCUUCAGACCUUGGAGCAGAUUAGAGCUAUCGUUAUACACUGUUCGCAGCCUUUGCAGGUUAUGGUAAACAAGAUGCGGUCCAAGGAAAGCAGCUUAGGCCACUUCAGAUCAACAAGAAGCCUUGGCGGCAUCGGUGAAAGACUCCACUGGUCUAUGAUUGCUCAAGGGGAUGUAGACUCAGUGCGGAAAACGAUCAUGUCUCAAAUGGCCGCCAUCAAUAUCCUCAUGAGUGUCCAGCAACUAACGCGUGUCAAACAUCUGUCGUUGCAAUCAAAACGUAUUGGAGAUGAUCAAUCGUCAAUUAUCGAGAAGCAUGCAAACGCCAUAGUGGGACAUAGUUCGAAUAUUCUGAACAUGGUAUCGAGAACGCAAGUGGCAAUCAACACCCUGACAGUCAAUGCAGCUAUACAGGCCGAUAUUCAAUCGAAAAGAGCGAACUCCAUUAACCAGCAUCUAACUGGUAUUGAGAAGAAUAUGCUUCACUUGACGCAAAAGACCGACAAAGCUUCAGCAAUCAUUGACAAAGUGUUCAAAGGAAAUGCUCGACGCAAUUGGCAGAAACACGCAAUCGAGGCGAUACCACUUCAUCUGACUCUGGACAUUGUGCGGCUUGACGACGCCCAUGGUGAAAGCUGGGCCCUUCCAUUACAGGCCUGUCAGACCUGGGAUUCCUUUUGCGAUUUGCUUCGGUGUGUUGUGUAUCCAAAUGGAAGGCCUGGCGCAAAACACAUCAUGCAAAGUCUAUUCGCCGUUACCCAUGCAAAAACUGGUAGACAGGUUCAAGAAGAUACCUGGUCUAGCUUUAUAAAACCGGGUUUUCAUAUUGAGCAAGCCAUGGUGGUUGAAGGAGUUCGUUCCCUGGAAACCUGCCCAGAUCCAAAAUGCCUCGGGAAACUGGCGGAGGAAGUGUUGGAAUAUGGCCGCCGUAAAUCUUGCACUACAUGUGGUCGAUGGUUGACGACAAGUCGAGCCCAAUCUUCACUGGUAGUCUUAUAUGAAGAGCAGUCUUCACUGACUACUAUCGGUGAGAGUUUAGAGGGUCCCCGCAACACUAAAGCAAAAUAUGGCCCUAGGCUUCCUUCCAUGGAUGUUAAAGACGACCCAGAGAGCUUUCGCAGGGUCAAGGUGGUUUACCCCACGGAGCCUGUCCGGAACCUCGAGGAUGCCCUCAAAAGAUUGGAUGAGAACCCCAAUCAGCCUGAAGCAAAUGCCUUUCUAGGCCUUGAAAUGCUUCGAGAUGCAGAGGAAACAUCAACUAUAGAAUAUGCUCAAAAAUCGAUAGAUAGUCUGAAGAUUGCGAUUGAAUCAGACAGCAGCAAUGCUGAAUAUUGGUACCUGUUGGGAAGGGCACAUAUGAUACUGGAAGAGUAUAAAUCAGCUUACGAUUGCUUCCAAAAAAUGGCGUGGUAUAAUCUUGGUAUCCUGUAUGACAGCUGUGCCCAAUAUGAUGACGGAACAGAUGCUUUUGAGAGGUGUGACGAGCUCAUACCAGGAUUGCAUCAAGUUAGCUCCAGGCUCGAAGCUUACCAGGCUUACCUUCUAGAUUCGAACGAGGAAUCGUUCCGUAAUCACCUGAUUCAAGAUCCGAUUGAAACUCCGCUCCAGACACAUUACGAAAUGGCUGACCAAGCCGAAAGCGAAGAUAUCAACUUCAAUAGUAUUAUUGACGAUGGAGUGCAGGAAUCUGAGGGUAGUGACGAGGAGAUCGAUCAUCUGUAG